UAUACAUACACUCCACUCGCACAGUCGCACCCGUAACUGUCCCUUCGUCCUUCCCUCUCAAAUUCUCAUCCAUUCCCGCCCAUAAUUCCCAAAUCGCUCUCUCUCUCUCAAAGCAAAGCAAUGGCGGCCUCACCAUCUCACUCCGAUGUUCAACUCCUUCCUGCUCCGGAACCUGAAUCUCAGCUCUCAUCCCUCGUCUACGAUUUGUCACAACAACUCCAAGGGGCAAUGGAGAACAUGCUUAAAAUGAUUAAUGAAGUUGAUCAAAACUCUGCUGGAAUAAUGGAAGAGAUAGAGAAGUGCAAAGAUUCUGCUCUUGAGAGGAAGAGAAUUUUGGAGGAAGAGAAGCAGCGAUUUCAGAAAGCUGCUUACACUGUCUUAGGCAUGCUUGACAACAGAGAUUAGAAACUGUUGUUGUUGGAAGUGUAUAGAAGAG